UCAGAGCUGUGACAGGUCGGCGCUUACCUGCUAGGUGCCUGUUAGAAAUGAAAACAACCAGAAGUGACACACGAGAUGUUAUCAAGACAUCAUUUUGAGGAAUAAACCGGCCUUAAUCAAACUUAUGUGCCGGGAAACGCUGGUUUUCUGGCUCAGAGGUCAAGUGGACGAUGCACCACCACAUCUGUGUGUUUCUGCUGAGCCUGUACUGCUGUGGAUGUCUUCCAUGUGUGUCUGCUUGCAAACAAGAGCCAGAGACUCCCGACUGGAGGAUGACUCUGAAAACAAUCCGCAACGGAAUACACAAGAUUGACACGUACCUGAACGCAGCACUGGACUUGUUUGGUGGCGAUGACGGGUUGUGUCAUUAUAAGUGUAGUGAUGGUUACAAGCCGGCACCUCGUCCUGGAUACAAGAAGCCACCACCCAACGGAUGUGGCUCCCCCCUGUUUGGAUUUCAGUUUGACAUUGGCAUCCCAUCCAUGACCAAAUGUUGUAACCAACACGACCGUUGCUACGACAGCUGCGGCAGUGAGAAGCACGACUGCGAUGAGCAGUUCCAGGACUGUCUGGAGACCAUCUGCAGGAAUGUGCAAAGGACUCUGGGAUUGACCCAGAGUGUCCAAGCUUGUGAGUCAGCAGUGACCCUGCUGUUUGACGCUGUCAUGCACAUGGGAUGUAAGCCAUACCUGGACAGCCAGAGAGAGUCUUGUGUGUGUCAGUAUGAAGUGAAGAAGGAACUGUGACAUCGCCACAGGAUCAAGACUGUGAAAAGGACUGAUUCAAAGCACACCACUGACAGAAGGAUGCCAGCAAUAAUGUUUUCUUUCAGAUUUUCUCAGGGAUAGAGCUUCUUUGGCCCAUACUGACUUGUGUCCAUCACCUCCUUUUAUUGGAGUUUUUAAAUGUAGAGCUAUUAGACAAAGUGAAUGUGAAAAUACCUAGUGAACAGUUCAUAUCUAUAUUCAUGCAGUUAAUUAUUUAUAUUUUGUGUCGUGUGUUUGUCAUUUCAUGAACUGAAAACAGGGUCGUCAGAGUUUCUUUGACUUCUAGAUGCUUGGGUUGCACCCAACACUUUAUUUUAUGGGUUACUAAAUCCCUAAUUAUUCUCAAAGAAGGUUUGUGGUAAAAAAUGAAACUAUAUAAUGUGUGCCCCUUUUAUGGGUAAAACAGAGCAAUGUAAAUUGAACGGUUCUUACAAGGAAGUUCCUCUGGAGACAAGCAAAGCUUUCUAACUCAGCACAGCAAACGAAACUGACUAAAUUAACAGUUUCAGACCUUUGUCUUUAUUUUCCCUGUAACAAACACCAAAUUGAUUUAGUUCUAAGAAAACUUACAAUAAAUAAUUUAACCUAUAAUAGUUUGAAAUAAAACAUUACCUCAUGGUUCCCUUCUCUGUUAAUCCAAAUAGGAACAUGUUAUAAAAUGUAAUUAAAAAUACUGUCGCUCUUUGCAGCAUUUAAAACAAUCGUGGCUUUCCCUUUAGAAAAUGUGUAAAAUGUUUGUAUAACACAUGAUGGGGAAUGCACCAGUGCACUCAACUAAUACCAAUGUGAUAACACUGUGGAAUAAAUGUGUUGAA